CCGGAAUUGGUUUUCAUUGCAAUAGUUCAUUUUCUUAUUGGAUUUACUCGAAGAAAACGUAGGGGAAUACAAAGGCCCCCUUGCCGCUUGGAGAGAACCUGCGAACAUCAUUUGGAAACGACACAGAAUAGUUAUCACAACUUGAUUGAUAAUAAAGAUGCAGAUAAAGACUAUUUUGUGCUUCUCUGGAUUAGGAUUAUGCCUUUGUAUAUGGAUUGAGAAGAUUGAUAAUUAUGCCUGUGGACAAAGGCAGCUUUGGUGCAGGCAUAUAUAAGUCACUGUGAUUUUAUAAACAUUGACAACAGCUCCAAUUUUAAUGAUUAUAGAAAAAGGACUAAGAAGCUUAAUAGAUUUGAAUUUACUUUUAAAUUCUGGUCAUACAACUGCCAAUUCAAAAAUGCAAGAAUCUUCAUUCCGAUUGCUUUAUUUGGAAUCUUUCCAGAAACAUUUUACCAGGUCCUUUCGACUACUGCUGCUCUGCAAACUGACUCCUUCACCAGGAAUCUUUCCAGAAACAUUUUACCAGUCCUUUCAACUACUGCUGCUCUGCAAACUGACUCCUUCACCAGGAAUCCUUCCUGAAACAUUUUACCAGGUCCUUUCAACUACUGCUGCUCUGCACACUGUCUCCUUCACCAGGAAUCUUUCCAGAAACAUUUUACCAGGUCCUUUCAACUACUGCUGCUCUGCACACUGACUCCUUAAACCAGGAAUCCUUCCAGAAACAUUUUACCAGAUCUUCUCAAUCCAACUAUUACUGCCCUGUAGCUCCUAACAUCAAGAGCUUGGAAUACCCAUUCAUGUGUAUGACUCGCAAGUGUUUUUUUUUUUCAUUAACUGCCUAUAAUUAUGCAUGAUUAACUC